CUUAUCUAGAGAGACAAACAUCCUGAAAGAGGAGAGAAGCUGCAUCAACACGAACUGACUCUUAUUUUACUUAUUUGUAGAGGAGGAGUCCUGCAUCAGAAAACAUCCUCUGGUCUGAACACAGUUUAGUCAUAGUUAGUGAAGAAAAAGUCAUUUUAGUGUGUUUGUCCUCCAAAGAUGCUGUGGAUUCUGUUCUUCCUCUGUCUGAGUGGAAGGCUGUGUGCAGAUGGGGACAUAAUUUCACCCCCAGAUUACUGCAACACACCAGACAUAAAGCUGACUGACAAGAGAGCAUACCAGUCUACAACCUAUGAUGGGUUACUAACAAAGUACCCUGCUGACAGAGCCUUUGAUGGUGAUCAAUCAACAUGUUCUUACACCGAGUAUCGGACUAACUCCUGGUGGAUUGUAGACCUGCAGGGUGUUUACAACAUUUCCUGUAUCUCUAUUUGGAAUAAUAACCAUUGGUUUAGCUAUUCGAACAUAUCAGGUGCCAAGAUCUACAUCGGGAACUCUCGUCAGAACAACGGCACCAACAACAAGCUGGUCCAAAACAUCACAAACUUCAGAACAGACCAGAUUAAUGUCUAUAAGUUUCCUUCAUCAGUGUCGGGGCGAUACGUCACUGUGAUCAUACCAGAAAAAAAAUAUAUGGCUCUGUGUGAAGUGAAAAUCACUGGCACAAAAAUGGCUUCACCUUUUCUACUGAUUGACCAAAACAAGUCGUGGGAAGAAGCUCUGAACUACUGCAGAAAUAACCACAGAGAUCUGGCCUCCAUCUUGGAUGAACAGAUGCAGACCUUCGCUGAGCUGGCGGCUGAGAAAGCCAACAGUCCCUUCAUUUGGAUCGGACUUCACUACAUCUCCUCCCUCCAUUACUGGUUCUGGGUUGAUGACAGUGCUGUGGAGAUUAAACACUGGGGUUCCAGUGAACCAAAAGAAAACUGUGACACCAAUGGAGCCAUGCAGAAAGGAGGAGACCAUUUGUGGUUUAGCAAGUCUGAUUAUGAUAAGUUCAAUUUUAUCUGUGCUGUAAACUAAGAGCUGCGACGUCUGAGUUACCAUGGCUUUACUUUCAGUGUAUCAUCCAAAAAAAAAAAAAAAAAAAAAAUCACAUCUUGUGUUAUUGAAUCACUUAGCAUGUUUGAUUUUCUGUAUUGCUCUAUAUUGUAGACCUUUUCUCUAAUCUCUGAGAUUUUUUUGCCAUCUAUGUAGAUUUGACUAAUUAAUUUAGGACGUCCCUGGAUAAACUAAGUAUGUUCUCAUCCCUGGCAGAUUUAUUUAUUACCUUCUA